CCUUGCGUGCUGGUUCCUCCGCCCGGGGAUAUCAGCCCCUUCUAUAUUCCAAGGCCCUCGAGGCAUACAGCUACCUGCCGUGUUAUUCCAUAAACAUGGCUAACAUGGCCAUGGUUAUCCCCUUGGCGCAGAAAACCUCCAGCAGUUCUCUUGUCGGUCAAAAUGGUUUUGUGACAGAAAGAGCACAUCUUAAAGGUUCGUUGGCAGAAUCCGAGCCAGUGUACUCUGAAUUACCCCCGAACUUUGGGGAGGUUGUGGAAGGAAUCUAUCGCAGCGCGUUUCCCAGUCCUUGGAAUCUUCCCGCGCUCGAGAACCUGGGUCUAAAGACUAUAAUCACUCUCGUCGAAGAACCGUACGGUGUGAGUCAUAUGAGUUUUCUUCGCGAGAAUGGGAUCGCGCACUUUCGCGUUAUCGUCCAAGCAAACAAGGAUCCCGAAGAGAAGACCCCUGAUCAUGUAAUCAAUGGUAUCCUUGAAAUUCUCCUCAACAAGGUCAACCAUCCGAUUCUUGUUCAUUGCAACAAGGGAAAGCAUCGCACUGGCUGCGUAGUGGCCUGCUUCCGAAAGGUUCAAGGUUGGAAUUUGCGCGAUGUUCUUGACGAAUAUUUAAGUUACUCCUGGCCAAAAUCUAGAGCUCUGGACGAAAGGUUUAUCGAAGCGUUCGACGCAACCAAACUCGACCAGGUGGCCAAGGAUUCUGGUGCUAAAAUGUGGAAGCCCACAGGUAACCACAGAAAUCCAGAUCACCAUGCGUUGCGUUCCACAUUUUGACGGGCAUCUCAGUUGCCCGAACCUGUUAACCAUCACGACUUAUGACAGCUUGCUACCUCGAGAGAGAUUUACGGGAUUUUUACAAAGGUCAAUGCAUUUACAGGGAUUAAAGAGCGCACGUUUUGAGGGUUAUUGUGCAUUAAUAGAGCAAUUGCUUUAUAUUUGCUAUAUCUGAUGUCCCACCCACUUGAUGCUUGUCAGUCAACCCCCUGGCGUUCAAUUUUCUAUACUGGACUUUUUUUUUUCGCACAUCCAUGGCAUUUUCUAUUGCUUUCUAAUGCUACGUGUGUUUCACCAUGACCAUUAGAUGUUUGAGCUAGGAAGUGCCAUGCGUACUACUCCACUCACAUGAAGUGGACAUGUCCACCGUAUACACAUGUUGCUAACAUGUGGAUCAUCAGCUAACGGUUUUCGGGUCGCUGGUUGCUUUCUUACCUUUUCCCUUCUAGUAUAUACAUAGCACAUUAUUGUAAAUACUCACUACUUUGCUUCUUUAUCUCUUUACUUUUAUCUUUGGCUAUCUUCUACAGCCUAUAGUAGCUCGCGUAGACUCUUC